AUGUCAGACUUUGCUUUCGGAAAUGGGUCGCUGGUCACCGUGGCAACAUGUACACUGAACCAAUGGGCAUUAGACUUUGAUGGCAACAUGGAACGCUCUCUCAAGUCCUGUCAAAUGGCCAAGGAAGCGGGGGCUUCGUAUCGCCUGGGUCCCGAACUUGAGUUGAGUGGAUAUGGCUGCGAGGAUCACUUUUUCGAGCAGGAUACCUUUGCUCAUUGUUGGGAAUCGCUUGUGGAACUACUGGAAAAAGGAGCUUCUGACGAUUUGGUGUCUGACUUUGGAAUGCCCGUCAUGUACAAGGGUGUUCGGUACAAUUGCCGAGUGGUCUGUUACAACCGCAAGAUUUUGUUUGUCCGCCCCAAGACGGCACUGGCAGACGGUGGAAAUUAUCGAGAAUCGAGAUAUUUCACCGCUUAUCGCAAUGCUUCCGUCGCCGAUGAAGAGCUAUUGCUUCCAAACUUUGUCCAAGAACGUCUGAAGCAAAGAACCUGUCCAUUUGGUUUGGCCUACUUGCAAUCCAACGACAAUGUCUCCAUUGGAUGUGAGUCUUGUGAAGAACUGUGGACUCCCAAUGCCACACAUAUUGACUUGGCACUACGGGGGGUUGAAAUUAUUGGUAAUGGCUCCGGAUCCCAUCAUGAACUGAGAAAAUUAGACAACCGCUUGGAACUCAUGGUGAAUGCCACUCGCAAAUGUGGCGGUGUCUACCUGUAUAGCAACCAACGUGGGUGCGACGGUGGCAGAUUGUACUUUGAUGGUGGUGCCAUUAUUGUCUGCAACGGCAAAGUGCUGGCACAAGCACCCCAAUUUUCCGUGUCGGAUGUAACAGUCAUUACAGCUACGGUGGAUCUUGACGAUGUUCGGAGUUACCGUGCUUCCAUUCCGUCCUUUGGUAUUCAAGCCGCUCAAGUGAAUCGAAAAAGUGAAAUUGCCAAUGACUAUUGUGUUGAUUGUCCAUCACUGCGAUUGGGACAUGCAUCUUUGGAUCGUACUGUCGUCACCACGCCAAACGAAGGAUUAAGAAUUUCUAGUCCUGAAGAAGAGUGUUGUCUGGGCCCAGCCUGCUGGCUGUGGGACUACCUUCGACGUUCUGGUGCUGCUGGAUACCUACUUCCAUUGAGUGGUGGUGCCGAUUCUAGCUCGGUAUGCGCCAUUGUUAGUGCCAUGUGUCAUUUGGUGGUGGAAGCUGCCCCCAACGAUCCUCAAGUGGCAGCUGAUGCCCGUCGGAUCUGCCGUCAACCAGAUGAUUGGCUGCCGAGUACCCCACAAGAACUAGCAACACAUGUCCUUCACACCAUUUUUAUGGGAACGGAAAACUCGUCCGAGAAGACAACUUCCCGUGCCAAGCGAUUGGGUCAAGCCGUUGGAAGUUAUCACUUGUCUGUACCCAUUGAUUUGAUGGUGAAUGCAGUCAUCAAAGUAUUUUCUCAUGCUACUGAUAGACGGCCACAAUUCGAAUCCAAUGGUGGUAGCAUGGCCGAAGAUCUGGCCCUACAAAAUAUCCAAGCUCGAUUGCGCAUGGUAACUGCCUACCUAUUUGCACAACUGGUUCCAUGGACUCGCUCCAGAACUGGAUUCCUUCUAGUCUUGGGUUCUGCGAAUGUGGAUGAAGGAUUGCGAGGAUACAUGACCAAAUACGAUUGUUCUUCGGCAGACUUGAAUCCUAUUGGUGCCAUUAGCAAGGGUGACUUGAAGCGAAUGCUUCUUUGGGCAUCAGAACGAUUCAGUUUGCCAGUGCUCAGUGAAAUUGCCGGGGCUCCCCCAACUGCAGAACUAAGGCCUCAGACCAAAGGCUCAAACGAAGAUGCCGAGCAUUCACAACUAGAUGAAGAUGAAAUGGGUAUGUCAUACGAAGAAUUGGGAUGGUUUGGUAGAUUACGGAAAAUUUCAAGAUGCGGUCCUGUCAGUAUGUAUCGGAAGCUGCUUGUGACAUGGGACCAUCUGUCGCCAAGUCAAGUUGCGGAAAAAGUCAAAAGAUUCUUCUUUUACUAUGGUAUUAACAGACACAAGAUGUGCACCCUGACACCGAGCUACCACGCGGAAGGGUACAGUCCAGAUGACAAUCGGUUCGAUCUUAGACAGUUUCUCUACAAUUCCAAGUGGCCUCGACAGUUUCGGGUCAUUGACGAGAUCGUGCAACGACAAGAAGCAGCGUCAAAAGACAAGAAGGAAGAGUAA